GUCACGGAAACCGGGCGGGAACCAGGAAGGCUUCUCAGUCGGAGUGUCGCCGCUCUGGGGACGGGCCCUGCUGCUGCUGCUGCUCUCGCUGCCCAGAGAAGAGGCUCUGCCGCCGUUCAGAGGCUCCAUCGCCGCUCUCGCUGCCCAGAGAGAGGCUCUGCCGCCGUUCAGAGGCCACAUCGCCGCUCUCGCUGCCCAGAGAAGAGGCUCUGCCGCCGUUCAGAGGCUCCAUCGCCGCUCUCGCUGCCCAGAGAGAGGCUCUGCCGCCGUUCAGAGGCUCCAUCGCCGCUCUCGCUGCCCAGAGAGAGGCUCUGCCGCCGUUCAGAGGCCACAUCGCCGCUCUCGCUGCCCAGAGAAGAGGCUCUGCCGCUGUUCAGAGGCCACAUCGCCGCUCUCGCUGCCCGGAGAAGAGGCUCUGCCGCUGUUCAGAGGCCCCAUCGCCGCUCUCGCUGCCCUGAGGAAAGCCGCCGCUGUCGCCGCCCGCCCGCCCUUGUAUGCGCAGAUGGACCCGGUGGAAGUCGCUGCCGCUGCCGACGCCGGGCCGGGCCCCGCCUGGCAGAGCAAGUGCCCUUGGGGAGCCCCUAACACAGCUGCCACCUCAUGUUCCCUUGCCGAUGUCAUGAGUGAACAGCUGGCCAAAGAGCUGCAGCUGGAAGAAGAAAAUGCUGCUUUUCCUGAAGUGGCUGCUGUUGCAGAGGGACCAUUCAUUACAGGAGAAAAUACUGACACCUCCAGUGACCUGAUGCUAGCUCAGAUGCUGCAGAUGGAAUUUGACAGGGAAUAUGAUGCACAGCUUCGGCGUGAAGAGAAGAAGAUCAAUGGGGAUAGCAAAGUCUCCAUAUCCUUUGAAAACUAUCGGAAGGUGCAUCCCUAUGACAGCGACAGCUCCGAGGAUGAGGUUGAUUGGCAGGACACUCGGCAUGACCCCUACAGAGCAGAUAAACCUACUACUACACCAAGAAAGGGCUUCAUAGGCAAAGGAAAAGACAUCACUACUAAACAUGAUGAAGUGGUGUGUGGAAGAAAGAAUACUGCUCGCAUGGAAAAUUUUGCACCUGAAUUCCAAGUUGGAGAUGGGAUUGGGAUGGACCUGAAGCUGUCAAAUCAAGUCUUCAAUGCCUUAAAGCAGCAUGCCUACUCUGAGGAACGACGGAGUGCCAGGCUCCAUGAAAAGAAGGAGCACUCCACUGCUGAGAAAGCAGUGGAUCCUAAAACACGUUUACUGCUUUACAAGAUGGUCAAUGGUGGGAUGCUGGAGACCAUCACAGGCUGCAUCAGCACAGGGAAAGAAUCUGUUGUGUUUCACGCCUAUGGAGGCAGCACAGCUGAAGACAAGGUGAUACCUGCAGAGUGUGCCAUCAAGGUGUUUAAAACCACCCUCAAUGAGUUCAAGAACCGGGACAAGUACAUCAAGGAUGACUACAGGUUUAAGGACCGCUUCAGCAAGCUGAACCCACGCAAGGUUAUUCGCAUGUGGGCUGAGAAGGAGAUGCAUAACUUAACAAGAAUGCAGAAUGCAGGAAUUCCUUGUCCUCAAGUGGUUAUCCUUAAGAAACACAUCUUGGUUAUGUCCUUCAUUGGCCAGGAUCAAGUGCCAGCUCCCAAGCUCAAGGAUGUGACACUCAGCAGUGAAGAUAUGAAAAAGGCCUACUAUCAGAUUCUUCAUAUGAUGCAGCAGCUGUAUAAGGAGUGCAGCCUGGUCCAUGCAGAUCUGAGUGAAUAUAACAUGCUGUGGCAUGAUGGGAAGGUCUGGCUUAUUGAUGUCAGUCAGUCUGUGGAGCCAACCCAUCCUCAUGGACUUGAGUUUUUGUUCCGAGACUGUAAGAAUGUUUCCCAGUUCUUCCAGAAAGCAGGGGUGGCAGAAACACUGAACGAGCGGGAGCUGUUCAACGCUGUCUCGGGUUUACAGAUCACAGCUGACAACGAAGUAGACUUCCAAGCAGAGAUUGAAGCCCUGGAGAAGAUGAACGAAGAUCAUGUGCAGAACCACGGAAAGAAGCUGUCAAUGUUUUCAAGUGAUGGAGACCCCCCUAUAUAUGAUGAAUAGCACUGAGUGUGUAGCUGCUAACAGAACAAAACCCAGAUGUACUGCUUCUAACUAUGUUGGUGCAGUGGUAAAUGUCAACUACCAAUGUCAGGAGGGAGUGGUUGACUGGCAACACCACACUGAACACACAGCGAGUAUACAGUGAUGCCUCAGUGGCUUUUUAACUUGGCCCACAGGUCCGGCUGGCACUGUGAGAACAGACUGACACUACCUCUUCAGACGGUCUGCCAAUGGCACCAGUUGCCCACUUACCUUUAACUAAUGUAGCUAAGGUGGUCAUAUUUUGCAUGAUUCAGAGCUUAGAUCCUUUAGGUUUCAAAAUACUUUCAAAUCCCCCAGCUCAGCUAAAGCAUUUAGUGGGAAAGCACAGAAGGAGAGCCCUUCUCUUACUCAUUGGUGUAUGGAUGGAUGUGAUGCCAGUGAACCUUUCACCCUUCUCCACCGAGGGCAUAAAUGCAAACCAUGUGCUGAAAUCACACAAAAAUGUGGAUUUAGCAGAGCAGUUUAGUUAGGUAUGCACAAGUCUGGACCUUUUCAUUGGAAGCCCAUGGAAUGUAGCUGUAUAUAAAACAGAUUUCAGUCCCAACAGCAGAGGACUGCUUUGGCCCUCAGGAAAGCCUGGGGGCUGCAUCCAAGUUGCCUGAUAAUCGAUUAAGUUCAGUUAGGUUCACUCAACAUAAAAAUGGUUCCAAAAACUUGGUGCAAGCUGCACAUUCUCUAAACCAAUCCUAUUUUUUGAUCUGGGUAGAGCAUCAAACAUUCUCACCCCAGUCAGGCUGUGAAAGCUAAAUCUUGAUCAGCAUUAUUUCUAGCCAAGGUUUUCUGCCACAAAACCACUUAGAUUUGUCAUCUUCUCAUGCUUUUAACCUCAGCCUUUUUAGUUUAGCAAGUCCUAAAACUCUACUGCUGCUUCCCACCAACUCGAGACAUGCAAGAUGAGCUGAUGCAGUGUGUGUGGGGUGUGCUUUGGAAUGAAGAAAUCCUGAUCUUUUGUUAUCUCGAUUGCUCUCUCUGCUGCUGCUCUUUAUCAGGCAGGAUAUAGUGGUGCUGAGACAUUCUCACAGUGUGCUCUCAAGUGAUUGUGUUUUUCUAAAAGCAUCUUGCUUCUGUUGGAAAAUGGGUGGUGAAUGAAGUAAAAACUGCAGAGGUUUUUGGUGAUA